AUGAAGAUGCACUGUCUUCGGGCUUCAUAUUUGAGUCAAGUAACGUUCUGUAAUUCUCUUCGUGGUGACGUUAUCUAG